GGUCGAGCUCUUGCGGUUCAUUUGCGUAUUCGUGCCCAUCAAUGCCUUCCUCCGGCGACUCCGCGGGGACAGCGGCCUCCUCCCUUAUAUCGGCCAGUUGGGGCUGGCCGCUUUGGAGGAGGACGAGGUCUUCUGGGUGGAUUCCGAAGACAUGGAAUCAUGUUUCAACGUUUUCUACAUGCCAGACGAGUGGUUGGGCAUGUUUGCCUUCGAGAAGCAGGUUCCGAUGAGCGCCCUCGGCGGCGACCCGAAUGUCAUGACCUACGUGGGCAUGCGGGCCGCGCCGAUGGGCUGGGUCGGCGCCGUGGACGUGAUGCAGUACAUGGCGCGGAAGUUAGUGUUCCAGACUGCUGCGGUUCCGCCGUUCUGCGAGCUGCGGAAAGAUACGGCGGUGCCCACGCAAGACAUAGCUAUCGCGUGCAUGGACGGCUACGAUCACCUUUCGAAGGUCAAGCUCCUCGUGGACGACAUUUCGGAGGCCCCCCCAGGCCGUUCUGGGCCCAUGGAACGCUUCGUCGCGGUCUGCGCAGCGCAAGGGGCCCCCCUCAAUGCGGGCAAAUCGCUCGUUCGCGGGCUGAGGGCCGGCAUCCGAGGCGGAGAGCUCGACGGGUUGCGCGGGCGUCUUAUGCACGGAAGGGAGAAGUCGCUGAAGUUCUGCACGAAGUCGCCGCUCUUUUCGGUCUUGCAGGACAUCUUCCCUUUCAUCAACAGCUUUGGGCCGGCGGAGGUGCCGCUGGCCCCCCCUGACUGCGUCGUCGACGAGGUCCUUCUUGGAGGGGCCCUCGUCCCGCUGGCCUUCAUGAACCUCCGCGCGAAGGCACCGAAGGUCGCGAGCACGUCCGACGCCUCGGAGAGCGGCGGCGGCGCAGCUGAGGCCACCAGCUUCGUCUGCCCCCUGGCGCCGGGGCAAGCGGAGCGCCAGGAGGCGUGGGCUGCGGCGCUAGCAGAGGAGCGGGUCCUCGGCCAGGAGGCAGGUGGGCUUGGGUGGCAGCUGCCAUCCGCGAUUGCCAUGCAGCAGUCCGAGGACGUCUUUUUCACAAAGGUCUGGGUCUGCUGCUACGGGGGGCCGCGCUUCGUGGGCCUUGGGUUCCUCCAUAACUGCAGCGCGCUGCACCUUGCCUUAGACAUGGACCCCUGCCGCGGGCAUCCGUGCAUGGCCCGAGGCUUGCACAGGGUCGUGGCGCAGGGCACUCAUGAGGAGGAGGGGGAGGAGGUCUGCCCCUACGAGUUUUGCAAGGCGUACGCCCGCGUUCUUCUGGACUCGCUUCGCGAGGUCAGUUUGGCCACGCUCCCCCCGCAGCCGAGCGAGCGGGCGUCGUGGAUCAGCCGCAGCCUCGCGGCUAGCACAGACAGGCUGCGAGAGGGCGGAACGCACUCCGAAGCCAUUUUGGCACUGGAGCGGAUGUUGGACAAGCUAGGGCGAGGCCAGGAACAGAACCAUCUCCAGAGCUUGCUCGGGCAAGCCGACUAUCGCGGUUCAGACGUGCGUCUACUGACGCAGGCUCUCGUCGACGGGUCGCGGCAGCAGGUGCCAUACCCAGCUCCGAUAUGGAAAUGGGAGGUUGUGCAGCGCUAUGCCUGGAGGCAUGUCCAACACAUCAACGUCCUUGAAUGCAUUGCAUUCCUGACGUACGUCCGGGCACGAGUGGCCGACCCGGACCGGCAUGGUCCACGCAAAGCACACAUUAAGUACGUCAACAUCCAGCCGCCGACCAUCCUUCGCUACCGCCGUGCCGUCAACCGUUUCUUUUGCCACCUCUCUUCUCGUGGAAUUCGCAUGCCAAGCAGUUUUGAGGAACUAGAUGAUGUUCUGGGGGAGUACAUCGACCACCUAUAUCAGGAUGACCUGCCGCAGUACUGGGGCAACGACGUGGCGUGUGGUUUCAAGCGCCUCUACCCACGGUCGAGGCGGAAGCUCGAGACCUCCACGCUGUACAUGUCAAACUGGGCUCGGUCGUCCCAUCGUCGCCGUGCGCUGCCUUUGUCCAAGGGCCUAGUCCAAGGGAUGGCUGCAGUAGCGCUACUCCGGGGCUGGAACCGCACGGCGGCUGCCUUGCUGGUCGGCUUCGCAUGCUUGCUUCGGUCUGGCGAAGUCGUGAACAUCGUCAAGCGGCAGUUCACCGUGCUAG